CUGCUGGUGCCAGUACUGGUCCAGCAGGCGCUGCAGCCUGCAGCAGGAAGCUAGCGGCAGGAGGUUAGCUACCGGCCCAGCAACACGCAGGCGACACGAGCAGCACACUCAUCUUGGAGAGGAGAAGCUUGUCCUUUGGUGUCCGCUUUCUUUGAAAGAACUCGGAAACAGCGAGUAGCAGGCACCCGCCCUGAGUCUUCGCAGCAACCGCUACUCUUCAGCAUGGUGACCGCGUAUCCCCCCGGUGGUGGCAUUGCCUUGCCCCGCGCAAUUGGCAAUUUCCUGACAGAGAUGAACGCGACUGAGGUGCCAUAUUAUGUGGCCAACUACGUUGAGGGGCACCUGCACAUCAAUGUGGAGCUCCUCCAGUGGAUAGUGGUCAUUGCUGCUGCGUUUCUGCUUGCACUGGAGCAUACAGAAUGGCGCUCAGACAUCCUGACGGCUCUUUUGAUCCCUGUGAUUGCCAUCAAUCUACCUGGAUCAAUCAUGGGCUUCCUGCGGGGAGAGAUCGGUCACUGGUUGGCCUUCAUCCUUGUCAUCCUUCGCCUGUUCUUCCAUGAGCACGUUCCAAGAGAGCUGGAAUAUCCGGCAGCCCUGUUGCUGAUUUGUGUUACCGCACCCAGCCAUGUGGUUGGACUCAGGUCCAGUGUCUUCGCCCAAAUUGUCUGCCUGCUCAUCGGCAUAUGGAUUGCAUACCAGCACUCCACCGCCGCUGGCGAUGUUGGCAGUACUUUUACCCGUGGCAGGCAUAUGCCUGUGACCAUUGCCAUCAUUGCUCUGAUUGCAGUUCCAGCUAUCAUUCUCAUUCAAGCCUUCUAAUCUCUAUGUCAAAGCAGGUCCGUAACGCUUUAAUGAGUAUUAUCCUCUAGGGUAUUUUGUUACCAAACCUGGCUAUCUUCUUCUGCAACUUGGUAAAGUCCAUUGGAAGUUAGUAAGACACUUUGAGUUUGUAUAGAUUAUUCUAACACCUGGGUUAGGUUUACCCUCUCACAAUUGCUGCUCUUUUGCGCUCGUUCAAGGAGAGGAUAAACUCAAAAUUCUGAUAGUCACCUGGUGCUGGAAGUUGUGACUCCGAGUACAGAGUGGUACUCUUUGUCAAACUUGCAUUUUGACUCUAUUAUAUCCAUAGAUUAAAUUAUAAAGCCUAAUCCUCAUCCAUUUGUGUUUGUAAGACAUGCGCAACGUGCAUUCGAGCUGGAAAGUUCAAGUGGCAAUUAUAAGUGUAUCGGAGAAAAUUCCACAAAAGUAAAGAAGACAAUUUUGCAGCCAUAGCAAAUGUUGCUUGGAUUGGUUGAUGGUUGGCCGCUUAAUCUUAUCAACAUAAAGCUAUGCCCGUUCGUCUAAUUGGCGGCCCAUUGGCGGCUACCAACAGAAAGAUUUGCCCGAGGAAAGACUUCCUUGGUCCUUAAUAACUGGUUUACCUCCU